GGAUCCCCGAGGAGGGUCGUGGCCCAGCCCUGGCCGACACCACCCCGGCCGUACGGCGGCCGCGGCUGAGGCCGCCUCGCGGACGGGCCUGGGAGUGGCGCAGUUUACGUGCGGCUGCGGCCAUGGCUGACCGACCGCCGCCGGGCAUGGGAGAUGAGCGGGAUGUGUGCAAUUGGCGCCCGUGGGGGGUGGAGCCAUCAAAAAUACAGAGCUAUUCUAAAGAAAGAAAAACGAAAAAAAAAGCGGCAGGCACUUGCCAAACUAAGAGACUCUGAAACUACAGAAAAAGAUGAAUCAGUGUCAGAGGAGGAAGAGGAGGAAGUGGAAGAAGAAGAGGAAGAAGAAGAAGAAGAAAAGAAACUUGAGGCAGAAAGACAAAAGCUACAUGAACAGUGGUUGCUGAGAGAAGAAAAGGCCCAAGAAGAGUUCAAGCUUAAGAAAGAAAAAGAAGAGGCUGCAAGAAAACGUCAGGAAGAAGAAGAGAGGAAGAUAAAAGAAGAGUGGGAAGAGCAGCAAAGAAAAGAGAAAGAAGCGGCACAGCAGAAGCAGCAGGAGAAGAAAGAGAGAGAGGCAGCUGUGCAGAGGAUGCUGGAUCAAGCUGAAAGCCAGCUGGAAAAUGGUGUGACCUGGCAUAACCCAGAACCCCCAGAGAAUAUAGGAACAGAGAAGGAUAGAGCGAAUUGCCCAUUCUACAUUAAAACAGGUUCCUGCCGAUUCGGAGACAGGUGUUCUCGCAAGCAUAACUAUCCAACAUCUAGUAAGACACUACUCGUUCGAGGGAUGUUCAUUACUUUUGGCAUGGAGCAGUGCCGGAGAGAUGACUAUGACACAGAUGCAAGCCUCGAGUAUAGUGACGAGGAGACCUAUCAGCAGUUCCUGGAGUUCUACGAGGACGUGCUCCCUGAGUUUCAGAAUGUGGGGAAGGUUGUGCAGUUCAAGGUCAGUUGCAACUAUGAGCCUCACCUUCGAGGAAAUGUAUAUGUCCAGUAUCAGUCGGAGAAGGACUGCCAGGCAGCUCUUGCUCUCUUCAGUGGACGAUGGUAUGCAGGCCGACAGCUUCAUUGUGAAUUUUGUCCUGUGACAAGGUGGAAAACUGCUAUAUGUGGCUUAUUUGAAAGGCAGAAGUGUCCAAGAGGGAAACACUGCAAUUUUCUUCAUGUAUUCAAAAAUCCAAACAAUGAGUUUUGGGAGGCCAAUAGAGACAUACGUAUUUCUCCUGAACGGACUAAUCAGUCGUCUAAAAACUCUGAAAGGAGAAAAAGGACAAGCCAUCGUGAUGACUAUUACAGCCGCUCAAGGAGAAGGGGCAGCCCCAGCCCAGAUCAUUCUUACCGGAGAAAUGGAGAAUCUGAGAGAAAAAAGAACCGCCGCAAAAACAAGAGAAGGCGUCGAUCGGGAAGGUCAAGAAGCCGAGAACGGAGGAGGUCUCACAGCCGGGGCAGAAAGAGGAGAGGCCGCAGUCGCAGCAGAAGUCAUAGUCGAACGCGCAGCAGGAGCAGAAGCCGGAGUUCCUCUCGAUCCAGGAGCAGGGGUAAAAAGAGAUCAAGCAGCAGAGGAAAGAAUAGUGAAACUCCCAAAACAAAGUGAGAAUUACUUUCAGAAAUUGCUAAUUGAUCAAACCUAGAGCUGACAAAGCAAUCUUUCCAAUAGGGCACCAGAUAUUUGAGUUUCAAAUAAAGUGUUCUUGCACAAUAAAUGUUUCUUCCUAAUAAAGGAACCUAAUUCAUUGUGUGCUAAGCUUCAGAAAAUUAAAAGUUUUAAGUCCUAUAUAAGGUGUGAAUGUCAAGUACUCUAGCUACUCUGUCCUUCUGAACUGCUGCAACACCUGGAUGCAUACCAAGUACACAUAGAGAGAGAAGUAAAGCUUACUUGGUAUAUGCUUAUUUCUGUGUUACGUGUGUGUUAAAUGUUUACUCUCCUUUUAAGGAGUUAGUACAGAACAGCCAGUGUGCUGUAAAUUCACACUGCAGCAUAUUGCAACCUGAAGCCUCUGUAGAAGACUGCCAUUUAUAUUUUCCAUCUGUUCAUGGGAAAUCUCGUUCAAGACAAAGUAAAUAUAAUCCUGUUAUGAGUUGGAGAAAAGGGAUCUAAAAGACAUUGCUGUUUGAUUGUACAAUACUUUCCCAGUAGGAGCUUUGUGGUCACUUGUGUUGGAUUUUUCUCUCUCCCCUGAUGGAGCUGCUGAGUUAAGUGCCUGUAGGGAUUGCAGUAGACUAAAACCAAGUAGGAAGUACACAGAAAAACAAUUGAUUUAUUCAGUAUCUUAAUCCCCAAGUAUGAGUGGAGACCAUGAGGUUGUAAUCCUCGAGUGGGGAUAGAAAAUACUGUCCUAGCUCUUGGUUGCAUACCAUUUGUAGUUGAAAACAACCUGCCUGACCUGUGAAGGAGCGGUGGAAAAGUGCACGUCUGGUAACCAAAGAUGCAUAUAUGUACUUUUGAAGGCUCAGGAUGCUGGCAGAGUGGCUAAAGAAACUGAAGGGUUUAUAAGUGAAACAAUACUUCAGGUUUUUGCGAGAGGAGGACUUGACUUUUUAGGCUUAUCUUACAAAUGGUUUAAGGCACCCUACUGCCUAGUUUUCCUACAGUCAAGGUGGAGAGCAGGGUACAUAAAAGUGAAGUUAUCAGGGAAAAAAUGUUUUUUAAGUGACAGCUUUAUUAGCAAAGUACCUGCAAUUAGAUAAAUCCUUACAAAUAUUUCUCCCCUUUUAAAUGGAAGACUUGUGCUGUUAGUUGGACUGUACUUCACUGUUUAACUUACGGUAUUUAACUUGGGUACGUAGGUGUCUUUAGGUGCUUGGAGAGCAGAUUGUGGCACUGACGGUGCCCUGAAGGGUCUGCAGAGGCACGUCCAUCUCUUCAGCCUCUCCAAAGAACUUGGGCUUCCGCUAUUAGAAUACAGUUCUGACCACUGAAGUCAGAAGCCUAAAGCAGAAAUGCAGUGAUCCCAAAUUGGUAUUCAUUAACAAUUCCUACAAAGUAAUAAAGUCCCACAGAAAAUCUGGAUAUCUAAACUUUAUGACAGCAUUCCUCACAAGAAUGUUUUUCCCCAAGGAUAGUUCAGAGUGAAUGAACAUUGUUUCUGGGUAUAAUAUAUAUAUUUUUGCUUUUCUAAAUGCAUACUGCACCUAGCAUGCUGAUUAUACAUUUUCCUUCUUUCAUGUGUAAUUGUUGUCCAAUAUGGAGUAAUACAACAAAAGUGCUAUAUAUUGAUGUUCAGUUCAGAAACGACUUUCACUAUAUAUUGUCAUAACGGUAGGCAGAAUUGUAGCUUAGUUAAUUUGAUUAAAUGUUUUAGUUAUUAACAGAUGUAGGACUUGUAACUUAAUAGCAUAACUUUUGAAAUAACAACUUUGUUUUAAAGGCAUAUUUCAAAGGAUAGACAGCACUAAGUUUUAAAUUACAUUUGGGAAAUUUGUGACCACUGCUUUCUUGUGCUGUACUUUUUUUGUGACUAGACCUUACAGGCAGAUUUUCCCCAAGGUUUCUAUUUUUUCAUAGAUGCUCACUUGUCUAGUUGGGUCACUGAUGCAGAAUGUGGCAAAUGCCAGUUCGGCUCCCUGGAACAGGAUUGAACUGGCAGGCCAGUAACACCUCCCUUUGGAUGGUGCUGCUGGCUUCCCACAGCUGCUGCUGCACCAGCCUGCUGGUUGAGACUGACUCCUGCCACCUGUAGUGCACUGUAUAUCCUGUGUCAGGUGGCAGGCCAUAGCUGAGCAUUAUCCGAGUGAAAUCAAUUGCUGAGCUCAAAGGGCAGUAGUGGAAUGGGUGGUGGGAACCCGUGACCAGCAAAGCAGGCUUCUGCAGGAUUAGAAACUGGGUGCCAGCUAAUGCCCAUGUGAGAAUUCCACAGGUAAUUAGGCUUUGUGUCCCCAUGGUUUUGUAAUGGGAUUUGGGAACCUGAGCUGCUGUAUU